AUGUUGUUGUUUCCUUUGCUCAGAAAAGAAGAAAAGAAAUCAAGCUCAUCCAUCCCAAGAGUUGGUGCAAUCCAACAAAUACACACAAAGUUGCUUAAUUCAUCACUUUCUGCAACUUCUUCUUCAUUCCCAUUUCCUUGCAAAAGGAACCACCCUACCAUGAGCAUCUCCACCACCCUUUCCUUUGAGCCUCUCUUCAGCUUCAAUCACUAUCUCAACAGAGAAAGGGAACCUUUCGUUCACAGUUCCAAGCCAAAGCCAUUCUCUCUGAGUUACUCCUCCACCCUCACUUUCUUCAAUUCCAACAACAACAACAACUGUAGCAAUAGCUUUGCCUCUUGCAAACCCCACAAGUUCCACACUCCAAAGUUUGAGGUUUUUGCCACAAAGACUGAUACCCUUGAGCCCCUUCAGUCUUCUGAUGUCUUGUUCGAUAAGACUUUCCCCAUCAACCGAACUGAACUGGUGGAGGGAAAGAUCUUCGUAAGAUUGGAUCAUGGGAAGGAUUCGGGAUAUUGGGAGCUUACAGUGGGUUGCAAUCUAUCAGGGAAAUGGAUUCUUCAUUGGGGAGUUUCCCGUGUGGAUGAUGUUGGAAGUGAAUGGGAUCAACCUCCUCGGGAUAUGAUACCGCCUGGAUCUAUUCCUAUUAAGGACUAUGCAAUAGAGACACCUAUGCAGAAAUCAUUUUCAUCUGCUGAAGGAGAUGCUUUACAUGAGGCCAAGAUCGAUCUUAAACCCAACAAUGAUGUUUCAGCGAUUAAUUUUGUUCUCAAGGAUGAAGAAACUGGUGCAUGGUAUCAACACAAAGGAAGAGAUUUCAAGGUUCCUCUGGUCAAUUACCUUAAGGAGGAUGCUAACAUAAUUGGACCUAAGAAAGGUUUUAGUUUGUGGCCAGGGGCCUUGGGGCAGAUAUCUAACAUUCUUCUCAAGUCAGAUACAACACAUGACAAAGCUCAAGAUGGCAACAGUGGAUCCAGAAAUACAAAAGUGGAAAAUAGUCAACUAGAAGGUUUCUACGUAGAACUGCCUAUUACCAAGGAAGUUAUUGUUGAUAACUCUAUCAAUGUCUCCAUUAGGAAGUGCUCUGAAACCGCUAAUAAUAAUUUAUAUUUAGAAACAGAUAUACCCGGCGAUAUUCUCCUUCAUUGGGGGGUUUGUAGGGAUGAUUUGAGAUGGUGGGAAAUUCCACCAACUCCUCAUCCACCACAAACAAUAGCAUUUAAGGACAGAGCUUUAAGAACUAAAUUUCAGUCAAGAGACAACAGAGUUGGAAGUUCAGUACAACUCUCUUUGGGAGAAGAAUUUUCUGGAUUUCUUUUUGUUUUUAAGCUAAAUGACGGUACUUGGAUAAAUGACAUGGGAGAUGACUUUUAUAUCCCCCUCCCAAGAUCUAGUAGCUCAAUUGUUGGCAACAGGGAUGACCAAUCGGAAGGUGUGCAGUGGGAAGUGACUGAAGCCACUAAAGAGGCAGGUCAAGAGGAAUCUAUAUCUGCAUUUACUGAUGAAAUAAUCAAUGAAAUAAGGCAUUUGGUUACAGAUAUUUCCUCUGAGAAGAAUCGAAAGACAAAAUCCAAAGAAGCCCAAGAAAGCAUUCUUCAAGAAAUUGAAAAGCUAGCUGCUGAGGCCUACAGCAUCUUCAGAAGUUCAGUUCCAACUUUCUCAGAGGAAACUAUUGUGGAAUCUGAAGCUGCUAUUGAAUCCAAGACAGUAAUAUUGCCUGAACUGCCUCCAAAAAUAUCCUCUGGAACGGGCACAGGCUAUGAAAUACUAUGCCAAGGGUUUAAUUGGGAAUCCCAUAAAUCUGGAAGAUGGUAUAUGGAGCUUAAAGAGAAAGCUGAAGAACUGGCAUCAUUUGGCUUUACUGUGAUAUGGUUACCACCACCGACAGAGUCUGUUUCUCCUGAAGGAUAUAUGCCAAAGGAUUUAUAUAAUUUAAAUUCUAGAUAUGGAACUAUUGAUCAACUGAAGGAUGUGGUGAAAAGUUUUCAUGAAGUUGGAAUCAAAGUGCUCGGAGAUGUUGUUUUAAAUCACCGCUGUGCUCACUUUAAGAAUCAGAAUGGUAUUUGGAACCUAUUUGGGGGUCGUCUCAACUGGGAUGAGCGUGCAAUUGUAGCUGAUGAUCCCCAUUUUCAGGGGAGGGGCAACAAGAGUAGUGGAGACAAUUUUCAUGCUGCUCCAAACAUUGAUCACUCGCAGGAAUUUGUGAGAAAGGAUCUUAAAGAAUGGUUAUUGUGGCUGAGCUAUGCUGGAGAUCUAACAUGA